GGACCAGGUUCUUAAAUGUCUGAUGUCUAAGGAAGAAUACUAGUUAGGAGACACGUAAAUUCACCAUCGGUUUUCCAAUACAUUUUUUACUUUGCUCUGAGUUCUCUCUGCGAUCAUCAUUUUCCCAUAAACUUCUCUCGGGCAGGCAGAGACACCAUGCUUGCAGAGAAUGAUGACAUGCCAAUUGGUUGGCCACUUGGACUUGGCUUCUUGAACAUGAGACUUAGAGUUGGGGAAUCCUUCCCUACAGCUUCAAUGGCACCAUACCAAUUGCACGUGCCAUCCACCAGUUUCUCUUCAUUUUCAUCCUCUAACCUAGAUACAGAGUCGACGGCUUCCUUCUUCCAAGACAACAGUGUAUCCCUUGCGCAGCUAAUCGGAGUUAGAGCAGGCGAAAGAGGACGGUUUGAAGAAAGAAAAAAGAAAUUAGCUAAGGUUCCUGCUUCUCAGGGCUCUAAAAUGGAUAUGUCUCGAGUCAUUUGCAUACCCUUGCUAAAAAUUAGGAAGAGUAAGAAGAGUUCAACCAAUUAGAACACCAUUGUAAUGAAAGCUUAUUCAUAUAUCUCUUGUUGCCCAAGUGACGAUAACCCGUUUUAACUUCCUCAAGUUUGUUCUGUCGUUUUUUCAUUUCAUACCAUACCAAAAUAAUACAACAAGGUUACUUGUAUUUUCUUAUGGAAAUCAAGUUUAUUUGCA